UCUUUUACAGCUGUUCAAUAUGUUUUGACAAAGAUGUUAUUAUCAUGCAAAUGUAUAUAUUAUGUAAUACGCAGAGUCUCAUGAUGACGCUGAUGACAGUCUAAAAUGGUCUAAACCUUUUAAUAAAAGUGCCACGAUAUAUACUGUGUAAUUUGUGCGCUGUCUUAGGGUUAGAAAGUUUCAAUUAUGGCAUACCCGUUUAUUAUAAAUCCCCGAAUCGCCUGAUACUCGCACAUUAAGUUAAUACAAUUAGCUCUGACGCACGGACGAGAAGUUGGCGCCUGAUUUCAUUUACAGCUUGUAUGAUUUUACGAUUUUCCUCUAUUGUAUUUAUCUUAUCCGUUCCUUCAAGAGCGCGAUGUACGGCUCCACUGAUCCAGGAUCAGAAAUAAAUCCAGAGGUACAACGAUGGUUCUCCGCAGUGGACAGAGAUGGAAGUGGACGAAUAACUGCUAUAGAAUUGCAGUCUGCAUUGGCCAACGGUCAAGGGGGUACUUUCUCUGACACAGCAUGCAAAUUAAUGAUUGGCAUGUUUGACAAAGAAAAUGAUGGUACUAUAAACAUCACGGAGUUUCAAGCUCUUUACAAUUACAUAAAUGCUUGGCUCGGCGUAUUUCGUGGCUUUGAUCAUGACAAUUCGGGUAGUAUACAAGAGAAUGAAUUAAGCGCAGCCUUAACACAAAUGGGCUACAAGCUUAGUUCAGAAUUUAUUCAAUUCCUCAUAAAAAAGAGCGAUGUUCGUGGUCAUCAGUCCAUUACCGUCGAUCAAUUUAUAGUAUUGUGUGUUCAAAUACAGAGGUUUACAGAGGCAUUUAGGACAAGAGAUAUGCAACAAACUGGAUCAAUCACUAUUGGAUUUGAAGACUUUCUAGGAGUAGCUCUUAGUUGCAGCAUAUAACAUUUCCAUAUCUUGAUAAUAAUAUAGUUAAAUUACUUUUACAUACCUAUGUAU